CGAGUAAAAUACAUUUAUAUAAGACGUUUAUUUUGCUCUAAUUUUUUUUUAAUAAUAUUUAUUUAAUAUGGCGCCGGAUAAUCGUCAGUUAUUUCUAAGUAAGCGUGUAGUUACUGAAAACAAGAUUUUUGACGGUGGCAUUCUAGUUAAAGAUGGUGUGAUAGAACAACUUCUUACAAGACAAGAAGCCAAUAAUUUCGUCACUGAAAACGAUGGCAAAGUUGAGGUGAUUGACGGCGGUGAAUUAGCUUUACUUGCUGGCGUAGUCGACUCACACGUGCACGUGAACGAACCCGGUCGUACAGCAUGGGAAGGAUUUCGUACCGCAACAAGUGCUGCAGCCGCUGGAGGCAUCACCACCAUUGUUGACAUGCCACUGAAUUCAAUACCACCAACUACAACUUUAAAAAAUCUGAAUACGAAAGCAUCAUCAGCUGUUGGAAAUGUGUUCGUAGAUGUCGCUUUCUGGGGAGGAAUUAUUGUAGGAAAUCAGAAUUCGCUUCAAGACAUGGUAAAGGCUGGAGUGGUUGGAUUUAAGUGUUUCCUUUGUCCUAGCGGUGUCGAAGAAUUUCCAAAUGUGGACGCUCGAGACCUUGAACUUGCUUUUGUGGCACUCGAAGGGACAGGAUCAGUGUUAGCAUUUCAUGCAGAAAUUGAAGAAGACAAUGCUACUAUAAAAAAUAAAAUUAAAAAGAAAGAUCCAGAGGAAUAUACAACUUAUUUGGAGUCGCGGCCACCGUCUAUGGAGUUAAAUGCCAUAUCACUAGUUAAAAGUUUUGUUGAAAAGACCGAUGUGCGAGUGCACAUAGUCCACGUAUCUUCAGCGAAUGUAGUACCGUUGUUAGAGGAAGCACGGCGGAUAAGGUUAGCUGCUGGAAACAAAUCCUGGCGAGGAGGCGUCACCGCAGAGACUUGCCAUCAUUACCUGACGCUUAGUGCCGAUCAAGUCCCACGAGGUUGCAGCGAAUACAAGUGUGCACCACCUAUCAGGGACCGUGACAAUAAGGAGAGGUUAUGGAAAUAUUUAUUAGAAGACAAACUGGAUAUGGUGGUGUCUGAUCAUUCGCCUUGCACUCCCGAUCUCAAGUGCAGUAACAAUUUGGAAGCGUGGGGUGGAAUUUCUUCUGUGCAAUUUGGUUUAUCUUUAUUCUGGACAAACGCAAGUGCCCGUGGUUUGGAUCUACGAAGUAUCAGCAAAUAUUUGAGUUCUAGUACGGCUCUUCUUUGCGGUAUACAGGACCGUAAAGGAGCAAUAAAGCCAGGUCUGGAUGCUGAUCUGGUGUUCUUUGAUCCUGAUUCUACAUUUACAGUGACUUCAGAGAUUAUAAGACACAAAAAUAAGCUAACGCCAUAUUUGGGCAAAGAACUGCAGGGUGUGGUAAAGCAGACUUACCUCCGCGGGCAGCUAAUAUACGAUGGGUCAGAUAUACUGGGAGAACCUAAAGGAAACUUAUUGUUAAAUAGUUAUUAAUAUUUACAAUACACUUAUCUCCAAAUAGCUAAUAAUGCCCAAUGAGGUUAUAAUAAUAUAUUACCUAAACGUAUAUAAAAAUAUUAUGAUUUUUUAAAAAGGAUUACAUAAUUUUUGUCACA